AUGGCUUCUGCGAAUCCAGCAAAAAUGCUUCUAGGUGAACUGGCUUGUUCGGUGUGUCUAGAUUAUUUUAAAGAUCCAGUGUGUCUAGAUUGUGGGCACAAUUUCUGCCAUGCCUGCAUCACUCAGUGCUGGGAGGCAUUGAGUACAAACUUCCACUGUCCUGAGUGCAGAGAAACCUUUUCCCAGAGAAACUUCAAACCAAACAGACAGCUAAGGAAUAUUGUAGAAGCUUCCAGAAAACUUACACUGGAGUCAACAAAAGAACCAGAAGUUGAGAGAGUGUGUGAAAAACACAAGAGGGCUUCAGAUGUCUUCUGCCAAGUGGAAGAAAUGCCCAUUUGUAUGGUUUGCCAUGUGUCCCAAGAUCACAGAGAACACACUGUGGUUCCCAUAGAGGAGACUGCUGAAGAUUACAAGGACCAAAUUCGGAGCCGUUUGGAGAUUUUGAAGAAAGAGAGAGAAGAGAUUCUGUCAUUUAAACUGAGUGAGGAAAAUAAUAGCCAUGAACUGCUGAAAGAGCUAGAAACUGAGAAGCAGAAGAUUGUGUCUGAAUUUCAGCAAUUGAGCCAGUUUUUGAAGGAACAAGAGCGACUCCUGCUGGCCCAGUUGGAAGAGCUGAAUAAGGAAAUUGAAAAGAGGAGGGAUGAAUAUGUUGCCAAAUUAUCUGAGGAACUAUCCUCUUUCAGUUCCCUGAUCAGUGAGAUGGAGGAGAAGUGCCAACUGCCAGCGAGUGAAUUCCUGCAGGACAUCAAAGGCACCUUGAGCAGAUGCGAGAGGGAGACGUUUCAGAACCCAGCAGCCUUUUCUUCUGAACUGAAAUGGAGAAUCUGGGAAUCGUCUCAAAGAAAUGCAUCUCUGGAGACCAUAAUGAAGAAAUUCAAAGACUCACUGUCGUCUAGACAGAGGUUGGACAAAGCGAACGUGACUCUGGAUCCAGACACGGCCCAUCCCUACCUCAUUGUGUCUGCGGAUCGGAAAAGUGUGAGAAGGGGAGACACAUGGCAGGAUCUGCCCAACAACCCGGAGAGAUUUGACACUGAGCUCUGUGUGCUGGGCUGUGAGGGAUUCACCUCGGGCCGACAUUACUGGGAGAUAGAGAGAAAGGAAGGUGAAGUCUGUAUUGUGGGGGUGGCCAGGGAGUCUGUGAGCAGGAAGGGAGAUAUUGAUUUUAACCCUGAGCGGGGGAUCUGGGCUGUGCUGUGCAAUGCGGAUCGGUACUGGGCUCUCACAUCCCCUGACGAGCUCAGCCCCUUGUCCCUGCGCCAGGCGCCCCGCAGGAUCCGGGUGUAUCUGGACUAUGAACCGGGGCAGGUGGCGUUUUUCGAUGCCGGCACCGGGGACUGGAUCUUCACUUUCCCGCCGGCCUCGUUCGCCGGGGAGAGAAUCCGCCCGCUCUUCUCUGGCCCGUUGCUUUUCAUUCCCCUUCCCUCCCCCCCGGGCCCAUUUGAGAAGAAUCAGGCAGUGACUCCUGCCACCAGUGUUUCAGCCAGGGCCGGCUCCAGGCCACAGCACGCCAAACGCCUGCUUGGGACAGCACGCCAUGGGAGGCGCUCUGCCGGUCACCGGGAGGGCCGCAGGGGGCUCCGAUGGACCUGCCGCAGCUGGUCCCGUGGCUCCGAAGCAGUCAUGGCUGCUGCAGAUCCAGCACAACUGUUCCUAGGUGAACUGACCUGUUCAGUGUGUCUGGAUUAUUUUCAAGAUCCAGUGGCUUUAGAUUGUGGGCACAAUUUCUGCCAGGCCUGCAUCAAUGUGUGGUGGGCAGGAGUGAAGACAGACUUCUGCUGUCCAGAGUGCAGAGAUACCUUUUCCCAUAGAAACUACAAACGAAACAGGCAGCUGAAGAAUAUUGUGGAAGCCUCCAGAACACUUAGACUGGAGUCAACAAAUGAACCAGAAGUCAGCAGAGUGUGUAAGAAACACAGUGAGGUUUUAAAAGUCUUCUGCCGAGAGGAUCAAACCCCCAUUUGUAUGGUUUGCCAUCUGUCCCGAGAUCACAAAGACCACACUGUGGUUCCCAUAGACGAAGCUGCCCAGGAUUACAAGGAUCAGAUUCUGAGCCAUCUGGAGACUUUAAAGAAGAAUCGAAAAGAGGUUCUGACAUUCAGAUCGAACGAGGAAAAGAAAAGCCAAGAACUACUGAAGAAGACAGAAACCGAGAGGCAGAAGAUUGUGUCUGAAUUUCAGCAACUGCGUCAAUUUCUGGAGAAACAAGAGAGAUUCCAGCUUGCCCAGCUGGAUGAGACGGAGCAGGACAUUAUAAAGAAGAGGGAUGGAUAUAUUGACAGACUAAAUGAGGAAAUAUCACUUCUCAAUAAGUUGAUCUAUGAGCUAUACAAGAAGUGUCGGCAGUCAGCAAGUGAAUUUCUGCAGGACAUCAGAAGCACCUUGAGAAGAUGUGAAAGAAAGACGUUUCAGAAUCCUUUGUCUCUUUCUCCUGAACUGAAAUGGGGCAGCUGGAAUUUCUCUGAAAAAUCCACAAUUCUACACAACAUACGGAAGAAAUGCAGAGAGUCUUUCUCAUCUGAAUGGAAACUGCACAAAGUAAAUGUGACUCUGGAUCCAGACACGGCCCAUCCCGAACUCAUCGUGUCUGAGGAUUGGAAAAGUGUGAGACGGGGAGACACAGGGCAGGCUCUGCCCAACAAUCCUGAGAGAUUUGAUACCGAGCUCUGCGUGCUGGGCUGUGAGGGAUUCACCUCUGGAAGGCACUGCUGGGAGGUGGAGGCAAAGGGACUCUGUGCUGUUGGGGUGGCCAGAAAGUCUGUAAGCAGGAAGGGAAAGAUCAACUUUAGACCCAAAUACGGGGUCUGGGCUGUGGAGUGGAGCGGGGAACAGUGGUGCCGAGCUCCUACCUCCCCUGUGACCUCCCUGUUCCUGAUCAAGGCACCUAGCAGGAUCCGGGUUUAUCUGGACUAUGAAAGGGGGAAGGUGGCAUUUAUCGAUGCUGGUAAAGGGGACCCAAUCUUCACUUUCCCAACAACUUUUUUCGCUGGUGAGAGAAUCUGCCCAUUCUUCCGAGUUGGAUUCAGCAGCCUCUCUGGUCCGUUCCAUCCCAGUUCCCAGCUCACACUGUGUCCCUGA